AUGCACGAUAACCACCACUGCAUCGUCCCACAGAGUAUCGCAGCCAGAGAGAUCUCUGAAGGUAGAGAAUAUUCGAUGAAGCUCUUCGUCGUCGUCGUGUUUUCUCCACACCGGAGAUGGAGAACGGCGGCGAAGCUGAAGAAAGAAGCUCACUUUAGCAGGAGCCCAUCGAAACCGGUUCAAUGGUACAUAGGCGAUUCAAAACCGGAAAAAAACAAGGCCCAGAGAGGGAAGAAACUGAUAAGGGAAGGGGUUGAGUUCUAUAGCAAUGGCGAUUUCUACGAAGGAGAGUUUCAUAAAGGAAAAUGCAAUGGAAGUGGGGUAUACUACUAUUUCGUGAACGGAAGGUACGAAGGGGAUUGGAUCGAUGGAAGAUACGAUGGGUAUGGGAUAGAGAGCUGGGCAAGGGGAAGUAGAUACAAGGGUCAAUACAGGCAAGGCCUGAGACAUGGCUAUGGAGUUUACAGGUUCUACACAGGAGAUUGUUAUGCGGGAGAAUGGGUCAACGGUCAGAGCCAUGGGUUUGGUGUUCAGACCUGUGCUGAUGGCAGUUGCUAUGUUGGGGAAUUCAAGUCUGCUGUCAAACAUGGACUUGGAUCUUACCAUUUCAGGAAUGGAGAUAAAUACGCAGGUGAGUAUUUCGGAGACAAGAUCCACGGCUUUGGCGUAUAUCGUUUUGCCAACGGCCACUGUUACGAAGGAGCAUGGCACGAGGGGCGUAAGCAAGGCUAUGGCAUAUACACUUUCAGGAACGGUGACAUGAAAUCUGGUGAAUGGGAUGACGGAAAUCUUCGAACCCGUCUUCCUCCAACGGGCGAGCCAGUUCGCAGAGCCGUUCAGGCGGCCCGAGAAACUGCGAAGAAGGCCGGAAAUAUGAGACGGGUGGAGGAGGAGGUGAGCCGGGCAGUUUCAGCAGCUAACAAAGCCGCUACAGCCGCAAGGGUGGCAGCUGUGAAAGCUGUUCAGAAUCAAAUGGAUGGUAAAUUCUGUGAAACUUGAAGUGAAAGCCAAGCAACACAAAAGUGUAGAUUUUUUUUGUUAAGAUUCCUUCUCUCCAUAUACAUAUAUCUGUAUGUUAAACCCUGGUGAGCCAACAAAAGAAGAGAGCUUACUCCAGAGGUCUAAGAGAGAGUGGCAUUUAGGGUCGGGUAUUUCGGGUUUCGGUUCGGAUUGGAUCCGAUUAUUUUCGGGUUUCGGUUCCAAAGUCUUUCCCUUUUUCGAAAUUUCUGUAAUCUGUACAUAAACACCCUAAUAUGCUUAAUAUUUGUAUAAAUCAAAAUUUCUUCUGAAAACAUAAAACUCCUCUCUCUUGACUGAUGA